UCACCUGCUAGUUACAUCAAUGGAAAUUGGAUGGAUGGCUUCUCCCAGUCGCGCGAGUACAUUGUUACGCAGGGACCUUUGCCCAACACGAUCGAUGCGUUUUGGCGGAUGGUGUGGGAGUUUAAGGUCUGCCAGAUUGUCAUGAUUACCAAUCUCAAAGAGAAGGGACGCGUCAAGUGCGAAAAGUACUGGCCAUUUGAAGGUGAACAACUCAAAAUUGGAGAUUUGAUACUGCUGUGCGAGGAGGUGAAAUUGCAUGCCGCAUUCCAGGUGGCGCAACUCCGCGUCGUGCAUCGUCACACGGGGGUGGCGCACACGGUGCAUCAUCUCUGGUUUCAGGACUGGCCAGACCACGGAGUACCGGACACCACCGAGGCGGUGAUUGAUUUGCUGCUCACGUCACGGGAGCUGCGCACACGGGCUUUGGCGAGCCGGGAGCAGGUCGCGCCUAUUGCCGUCCACUGCAGCGCCGGCAUUGGGCGCUCCGGUGUAUUUGUGGGGUGUGAUAUUCUGCUCCAGCAGGCCGAGAGCUUUGGUCAGGUUGAUGCCUUGGGCGCAUUGUGUCACAUGCGGCGCGCUCGAGGUGGCUGUGUACAGACGCCCCAUCAAUGGCUCUAUAUG